AUGGCCGGCGGCGCGGACGCGGACGGGGAGCGCCGGAUCGGGGUGGCCAUGGACUACUCGGCCAGCAGCAAGCGCGCGCUGGAGUGGGCCGUCCGCAACCUGCUCCGCCGGGGCGACACCGUCGUCGUCCUCCACGUCCAGCGCCACGGCGGGGAGGACGCCAAGCACGCCGUCUGGGCCAAGUCCGGAUCCCCGCUGAUCCCUCUGUCGGAGUACCGGGAGCCGGAGGUGAUGAAGAACUACGGCGUGACCUGCGACGCCGAGGUGCUCGACAUGCUCGACACCGCCGCGCGCCAGCUCGAGCUGAAGGUGGUGGCGAAGGUGUACUGGGGCGACGCCAGGGAGAAGCUCUGCGACGCGGUGGAGGAGCAGAGGAUCGACACCAUCGUCAUGGGCAGCCGCGGCCUCGGCACCAUCCAGAGGUACCAUACUACCCCGUCAAAAUGUUGCUCCGGACAUGUGCGAUUCUUGGUCAUAGUUUCCCAGAGCACGAAAUCGCCGGUUGCUGCCUGCAUAAAGUAG